AUGCUGUGCACACAUUAACGUGUGCCAUCAUGUUGCUCAAUACAGACUUACAUGGACAAAAUAUCGGUAGAAAAAUGACAUGUAAUGAGUUUAUAGAAAACUUGGCUGGAUUGAAUGAGUGCGAGAAUUUUCCAAGAGAAGUUUUAAAACAACUAUACCACGCAAUCAAAAAUUAUCCUCUUGAAUGGGCGUUGGAUGAGGACACCGAAGAAAAUAAUGUACAGUCGCAGGUGAAGAACAACGAGGUGAUCAGUUUAGGUGGAAAUCCAUUCUUAGACGUUCCUUCAUCCCAUAAUGCAGUAGAAUACAAGAAGGGUUACGUUAUGAGGAAAUGCUGUUAUGAAGCAAACGCAAAAAGAAGCCUUUGCUGCAUUUUUCUAGCACCAUUUCACAAGCGUAGCUGGAAGAUGUUCUAUUGCACACUGCGAGAUCUUGUUCUUUACUUGCACAAGGAUGAGAAUGGUUUCAAGAAAAAUCAAAUGGGUGACAAUCUUCACAACGCCAUCAGAAUACAUCAUGCUCUUGCUACCAAGGCUACGGAUUACACCAAGAAGCAGUUUGUCUUCAGGUUGCAGACUGCAGAUCAAGCAGAAUAUUUAUUUCAGACAAGUGACUCGAAAGAACUGCAGGCUUGGAUAGACACUAUUAAUUUUGUGUGUGCUAGUUUUUCUGCACCGCCUCUUGAAGCUGCAGUUGGAUCUCAGAAGAAAUUCCAGAGGCCGUUGUUACCUUGCAGUCACACAAAAUUAAAUUUCAGAGAGCAGCUAGCAGAUCACGAGGAGAGAGUAAUGAGACUGGGAGCCAUUCUAGAUGAACAUCGAAGAUCACCACCAGAGAAAGGAUCGAAAUCACAAGUUGUACAGAGCUAUAAAGAAAAAGAAAUGUAUUUGAAUUAUGAGCUCAAAAGGUACAAAACCUACUCUUUGAUGUUGCGAUCAAAAAUGCCACAUUAUCCUGAACCGACUGUGAGCCUAGUAGAGAAUAGCAUAGGAGAAGUGGAUGAAGCAACUGGUGGAGUAACUCUCAUGGACAAUGUUGCUGGUAUAGUGCCUCCUCCAAUUCCAGAUAGACCAUCACCUACAGUUAAUAGGUAUAGUUACAGACAAGCAAUUUACAAUCAAAACAUGCUCAGUGGUGCGGAUGAUAUAGGCUGAUGGGUUAUGAGGGUGUUGUGCAUGCAUGCUUUGAUUUACAGUAUUACGGUUUAUGGGUUGGUACCUUUUUUGAUUUCAUUUUUUUGGCAAGACUUCUUUAGGAAAACUUUGGUGUACACAACUUGUAAAUUUAUAUAAUUGUUCAUUAUUACAUGAUAUUUGUAAAUCUUGAUCCUUGUGGAAGUUGAAGUUGUCAGUAUAUUAGGUACGGUUACUUUGUACAUUCGAUUCAUCUCAAAAUUUUUCACAUGAGUAACUGAUUCCGUUAAAAUACAAGGCUCAAAUUCGAGUCUGUGUAUGGAAUCUCGUGAAUGUUGAGAGGUAGAGAGUCAUUGGAGUUAUAACAAAGUUGAUGAUUUUAGAGUACUAUUAAAUGAUAUAAAAAUCGCGUCUAGCUUUUUUUUUGGUUCCGAAAAAUUGUGGGAAUUACGAAACCUCGAAAUUAUAUUUUUUGCUUUUACUUCCUUAUUCACUGGCCCCUCCCAACAUUCAAAUAUAGAUUUUAUUUUUGUAGA